AUGGGCCGCUCGCUGGUGAAGAGCGCCCUAUCACGCAACGACCUCGUCGCCGCCGUCGGCCGCACAUACGAAAACAGCCCCGAAUGCAUGAAAGAGCUCGAAGACGAACACGAGAACUGCCUCGGGCUGCUCUGCGACGUGCGCGCCCGCGACACCGUCAAGCGCGUCAUCGAGCAGACUAUCGCACGCUUCGGGCGCAUCGACGUGAUCGCCAAUUGCUCCGGCUACGGCGUGAUCGGCGCCUGUGAGGACCAGGACGAGUUCGACAUCCGCAACCAGUUCGAGACAAACUUCACAGGGACGUUGAAUAUGAUCCAGCUGUCACUGCCGCAUUUCCGGGAGCGGCGUGCGGGCCGGUAUCUGAUUUUCAGCUCGACUUCUGGCGCGCUGGGCGUGCCAGGGUUGGGGCCGUACUGUGCGUCCAAGUAUGCCGUUGAGGGGCUGAUGGAGAGUAUGCUUUAUGAGGUGGAUAGCUUUAAUAUCAAAGGGACGCUGGUUGAGCCGGGGCAUAUGCGCCGUGAUGACAUUGGCGAUUUGGUCUCGCCUUCUUUCAUGGCUGCGAAUCCGUCCGAGCACAAUCUCUCGUCGCCGCUGCCGCUGUACGGGCAUUUCUUGGUGAAGCCGCCCAGCGAGCCGUAUAAUACACCGACAUCACCUGCGGCGCAUGCUCGGCGCAUGCUGAUGUGGCUUGGGGACAAGCAGCCUGCUUCUGCGGUUAAGGCUGCGCAUCUUGUCUGGGAGCUUGGGCACUGUUCUUAUCCGCCGCUUCGUCUCAUCCUGGGAACUUAUGCGGUCGAAAGUAUUCGGGACCGGCUGAAGUGCAUCAUCGAGGAAAUCGAGGACUGGAAGCAUCUCAGCUUUCCAUUGGGAGAGCCGCAGCCAGCUGCGGGGGCCAGAGGUAAGUCCAUGCCGGCAGAAGGGACCGAAGGUGGAACAGGGUGA